UUGUGUGCUGAGGAAUGGAGUUUCUCUGCUGAACUCUCGCUUUGCGUGAAUGAGUCGAACUGCCGAAGUCAACCGCCAUAACCUCAUUAAAACAUCCAUGUUACAAAGCAAACAUAUCACUCAGCUGAGGAUCCUAUUACAGGGGGACACAGAUUUGCUUCUCAUCAUUGGUCACAAGCAGAGAGCCACGAGAAAGCCAUGUAAGACUCAGCCCAACUAAACCAACAAUGCGAGAACCAAUGGCUCUGCGCCACACUGAGACUAAGAAACGGCACCGUUUGACCCCCUUACCGCCGAGUGAGAUCAACUCCGGAGGAUUAAAUCACUGGUCGUUGUUCUCCCCUCCGAUGGCAGUUUAUCAGGUCACAGCCCGGAUUGACGCAUUCUUCCCUACAGUGUUUACUCUUGAGCUGCGUACAGGUUCGGAGGGUCUAAAUUAAGUGUCGUGCUGCGAGACAUUGAACUAUUUUCAACUGAUCCGUAAUAGGCAGGCAAUGCGAUAGACUUCUCUGGAAUGAGUUAAGUAUGAUCCAAGAGAGUUAGUAUUGAGUAUAACUAGAUCACGAUCCUGUUGCUUGAUUCACAGUAAAGUUUUCGUAUUGUUGCAAUCCAGUCUCACUUACGAGAGGUACACGAAGAACAGUAAGACCGAGCUUCGCGAAUCGAUAAUUUUCGUAUAUAAUAAUGCAAUGUAAGCCGUGUCCAUGACAUUGGAUCCACCGAGAUGCCUUGCCGGGAGCCUGGCAGCAUGUUCGACCUUCUCGUUCAGUAUGAUACCCUCAAAAUAAGAAUAAGCAUCUGACGGUUGUCAACACUGCCUCCGACCUGUGUCAUCUUUAGCUCCGUGUUCAGUCCAGCCAACACAUGUCUUUUGUCUGUCAGUUCACGUCAGUUCUCCCUCCAAGUUACCAGCAGAGUGGUGCUUCACUUGACCCAGACACUGCCACUCCCACCCUAUCGAGGCUAUCAGCCCUAAAUGAUGCAGGCCUCGGACAUGGAUGGUUGACAAGCUUCUCGGCUACUACUAAUAUUACCUACCAAUGAGAGGGGAAACCUUCUUGGAGGCCCUGAGAGUUGAUCUGAUCUAAACCCUACAGUGUGGGCUUGUCUAGCUCCUGUUGAGGCUACUCUGAUUCGAAACUAAACCCAGGCAGCCGACGCCAUUCAACCUCAUACAAAGAUCGUCUCCUUGGCGUUUCUACCGAGAUCAGAUCCCUUUUUGGCAAAUUCCCCAGAGCUGCCAGUUUCUUUUGGCCCCCAGAUUUGUUGACAUAUGGUAACUGAUCCUUCAACAUUUACACCCCUCGAGCAAGAUGAGCUCGAAACAUCCCUUGAGACGAUCGUGUGCAUUUUGUCGGGCGAGAAAGAUCAAGUGCUCAAACGAAACUAUCUGCGAGGCUUGUCGUAAGCAAGGUGCCGACUGCAUUUACGACUUUGAGCCUACAAGACCAAAGGGUCGGAACUUGAGCUUUGACAGCACAAAAGCCAAUAAUCAUCUACAGGUGCGGAGCGAACAUGAACUACCUGACAGCAAGAGAAGGAGAUCGUGCUCUGCCAAUUCUGCCUCUUCUAUGUCUCCUGGCAGAACCCAGGAAGAUCUUGCCCCGUUGGCAGAUGGUGUUGAGAGCCUUGCUGCAUCUCUUGAGCAGAUGUUUCAGGACAAGUUUUCCCAGUUGAUUUUUGGAGAAGUAGGAAAAGCCCUGCACCAGCAGAGCACAGAGGUUAGAUUCACUGGACUGUUGCCCCUGAUUGCCUUUGACCUUGUCGCUUCUGUUGGCCAGAGAUAUAGCGACUUGGGAUCUCCUCAGUCUAAUGAAAGCAACCAAUUUAUCCGGUCUGGAUUAUCCAACGAUACUUCUACCAACAUGUUCGACAAUCCUUCAGCAUAUUGUAGCCCUUUGUCUACCUUGAGCCAUCGACAGAGGAACCAGCUUAUCGACGUCUGGUUCUCCGCACAUCCCCUGACAUUUCUCAUCUCCAAGACACUGCUGCUUCGAGAAAUCCGCGAAGAUACCUGUGACGAAAUCCUCAUGGCCGUGAUGCUAGCUGAUGCUAGCUUCGUCAUCGGAGAGGACUCGACAGUUGCUCGUGGACAUGAGCUCCUGCAGUGGGCCAAGACUCAGCUACAGAUGCGGCCAUGCUAUCAUCCUUCCGAGGACAACGAUGCUGUAUAUUCUGGUGUACCUACGAGAGUUUACAAAGGGGUUACCACAGCACAGACCUUGGUGUUGCUGGCCUGGAACGCCCUAUAUUCCCACGAAUUCCGCCGAGCGAUCUGUUAUAUCGAAGUUGCAAGCAAGCUGGUUACCGAGAUCAAGGAUUGUAUGUCGAAGGAUGCCUCCCAGCCGAGCUCCAGCCGCAUAAAUGGUGUUGACGUCCUUGAUGUCGAGAAAGAAGUUGUCUCAAAUCUCUGGUGGACAGCAUAUUCCCUUCACAUCUGGACCUCCAUCCAAGCAGGAGUCUUGCCCAAAACCACACCGUCAACCUUUGACCUCGAAUCUCUCCCCGUGACCUCAACUUCAUCAGUUACCAUUCAGCUUGACCUCGUCUCUGAGAACUUCAACACCCUACAGAAGCAAAAGGGUAACAUUCGAGAAAUGAGACCUCUUGCCCAGGUUGUGAGCACUGUUGCAUACUUGUUCUCCCAAACCUCGGAUCAAACCGCCUCAAAUCAUGGCGUCGGCAUCUGUAAAGAAGCUAUCCGCUCUUUUGGUACAAAUACAUAUGAUCCGAACGCAAAAGGUCAAGACGAUGACAGAUUGUGGCAAUUACUUGUUGCCUUUCACCAUACAAUGCUCAUUCAGUUCCUCUUCCCCAAAAACGGCUCAUUCUACGAGCAAGUGGUGGUCCCGGCUGAGACUGUUCAUCAAUUUUGCGCUUCUGUAGAACAAGUCAUACAGGCCCUUUCGCCAACUACCAGGCACAAUCAACACUCAGCCUCAACAUUCCAACAACCCCUCUAUAAAGCUCUGUGUACUCUUAUGGACACUUGCUCCCGAGCUUUUAGCCUCCUGCGGGAUAACCUAGGGCUUAGUCUUGAUCAUAGCUACUUCCGUCCAGAGUGGGAUAAUCGUCUCUGCUCUUUGGCAAGCUCCUUGUAUACAAUCAGCAAAGACGAACGAUUCUACCAAGGCACAACCUUGCGCAGUGUGCGAAAGCAGAUCAAGUCAUGUGCUCGUGCUUUUGGCAGUAAUAGCAAUACCAACGCGCUUGGGCUAUUGGAGCCGAGCAUGAACUCUAUGCGAUCCAUGUCGCACUCCCCUCAGAGCAGUGUCAGGCCUCCGAAUGGCUUUAUCGCGAAUAAUGAGGCCUUGGUGGAUAUGCCGUCGCCUUUUCAGGCUGAAGCUUCUUCGAGGGUAUCUUCAUCUAUGCCAUCUUCGUCAGGCUCCUCUACUAGCGUGUCAACUCAUUCGUUCACCCCGUUUGAGGGGAUGGGCAAAUGGCCAAUCAACGAGACUUUUCCUCAUGGGAUAAUGUCUACCAAUAUGAACUCUCCCCCUAUUGUUCAGCAAGGGAUGUGGUAUUCGCAAGCACCCCCUAUGGUGAAUUUCGAGGCCGCGGGCCCUGUCUCUCUUCAGCAUAGCCAGUGGGCUUGGCCUCCCACAAGUGGCGAAGAGGCACCAUACAUAUCUUUCCAAACACUAGAUAUGGAUGAGACCUGAGUAUGAGUUGAGGAUACCAGUUUCGAUAUUGGAUGAAUGCAGUUAUGAUGAUCUCGGACAAACCAAAAUGAAGCCUGUUAUUUGUUUAUUGGCGGACUCUAAAAUUGGAAUUCGCCGCUGGCGGCAUCGAUGUUUGCUUAUUGAGAAUUGCGUGCGCUGGAUCAGUAUUUUAUUAUGUAUAUAUUUUAAUCAAGUGUUGGGAGAAAACUCGAAACUUUGAUAGGGGCGUCAGAAGAGGCUGUAUCAUAUCUAUAGUUUUGUCUACCUUUUGUAUAUGAUCAAUAGUUAUCGUCACUAUAGUUCAUCCUCACUUUCGUG